AUGGAGAGAGUACUUGUCGUUGGCGCCACCGGCAACGUUGGCAUUUCCGUCAUCAUCGCCGCCUUACGAUCUCAGCGAGAAGUCCUGGCUCCAGUCCGCAACGCAGCCGCAGCGGAACGGUUGUACCAGCAUGUUGGAACAAAAUCGGGAAUCACCACGGUCGAGGUCGACGUGACUAGCGACGAUGGCGUACAGAGCCUCGUGGACCGUGUCAAGGCCAGAGAGUUGCCGUCUUUUCAGCAUGUCUACGCCGCAGUGGGAGUCUUCAGGGCUCAAUCGCCGAGCUACACCGUCGAUCUUAGUUACUACCGAGACGCAAUGAACAUCAACGCUGGAGCUGCAUUUGCUGCGUACCGCGCAACGGUCCCGUACUUGCUCGAACAAGGAGACCCCAAUGCUACAUGGACGGUCGUGACCGGCGGCGCUGGCACGUACGGCAGCCACGGCGUCACCGCCAUCUCACAAGGAGCACUCUUCUCACUAGCAGCGCUGGCCUCUCGCGAGCUCGACAAGACGAAUGUCCGUUUCAACGAAGCGUAUCUCGACUACCGUGUCGAGUACGAUGCUCAGUGUGAAGGCGAGGCGAACGCAUGGAAGAUGAAAGCGUCCGACUACGCCAAGAUUUAUGAGGGCAUUCUCGCCGACAAGAAGAUCAAGGGCUGCAGAGUCAUCUGCGAGUCUCCGGCCGAUCUUGAGAAGUUGAGGUACGAGCCGAAGUUGCCCAACCCGAAUGCGGCAAAUUUGUUCGUCGAGUGA